AUGCAGGCGGUGCAGUGGAUCACGUUCCUGUCUCAGCGCACCUUCCUUUUCGCAAUCGGAGCUCUGAGCGCCUUUGGAGCCAAGAAGGCUGGGGACCUUAAGCAAAGCAGCAUCUACCUGAACCAGCUGAUGGCCUUUGCCACCAUCUCCAACACGACGCUUGCCGGCAUAUCAGGGCAUUUAUGGUCUUUUGCUUACCCUAAAGCCCUAAACCCUAAGCCCCAAAACUGCCUUGAGAACCUUGAGCCCUAA